AGAACUUGUCUCUAUUUCUUUCUACUCAAGCUCAUCACAACAUCUUCUACUAAACUCGCAGCAUCAUAACCCUACACAGAAAACACCUUUAACCGCCCAAAAUGGUCCAGAUCGCAACCUUCAUCAUGGCUCUCGCCGCCUCCAUCACUGUGACUUCUGCCACGUGCACCCGUGCCUGCGUUCCAGGCCAGAAUUACUGCGGCUACUCCCUCCUCAGCGAGUACGGUAGGCUCACCCAGUCCUUUCAUCCCCGAUCACCUAUGCCGUAUCAUUGAUUUUAAAGUACAAUAACUGAUGAUAAUGUCUUAUCCGCCAAACAGGCUGCAAUAAAACCGACCUCCGCAACACCAAGGGCGAGCAGUAUGACGACUCACUGUACACCUGCGCUCCCGACGCGCACAGCGCCGACGAAGUCGAAUGGUGCCCCGGAGGUGCCGGACACUGCCAGCCACCUAAUCAUAACACCUGUGACGGGGUCAACUUCUGCUGUGACUAAGUAUAUUGGGGGUUGGUGGAUGUCCGUGCCCUUGAGAUUGGAAAGGGGGGCAAUCCGGGUUGAAUGAAUAUGCGGUGGAAAGUUGGGGCAUGAUGAUUGAACUAGGGGGUUUUCUUUUUUACUUUCCUUAGGUACUUUACCAGCUUGGCCAGUUUUUCGCUCUUUCUAGUACAUUAUAUCGAUAAUACUCAGACUCUCAUGGCACUAAAAUUUGUUGCUGGUCUUUUCGAGAUUGCUGCAGGCUGUGGAUGUUUUCAUUCGUAGCAACUCUCAUCACGUGGACCAUCCAGAGACCUCGAGUACUUCGGCAUGUAGCUUUUGGGCGAUAUCGAGCGUUAAUUGUCUGUAAACUAUGUGAAACUACUCCUGUGAAAGGAUUUCAUUUCUGUGAUAUAUUAACUUGAGAAUGGGGUCGCGACUGACGGUUGUGUUGCGAUAAAACAGUCAAAUACGAAAGGGAUCUAAAGCUUGCCUUAGUCAAUGAAGUAAUAAAACUUCCCUUGCACUUUGU